AGAGAGGCUGAGGCAGCUUCAGACAUUCUGGAGUCUCAGGAUCACAACAGAGGUUUUUCUCAUCAUUGCCUGCUGGCCCAGUGAGAGUCAGAGAGGAUGUUAAUGAUGAUGAUGAUGAUGAAGAAGACGAAGGGGGUGAAGUCUCUGACUGUGGUGGCUCUUCUUCUGGCCACAGCCAACUGCAUCCUGCCUCCGUCCAGAGAGGAUCUCGACCAGCUCUCUCUCCAGGGAGAGAAGUACGUGGCCAAGCAGGUGGAAAACGCCGUGAACGGAGUGAAGGAGAUGAAGAGCGUGAUGCAGAAAUCUUCAGAGGACCACAAGAAGUUCCUGGACGCUCUGGAGAAAACCAAGCAGCAGAAAGACGAAGCUCUGCGUACGGCUCAGGAGAUGGAGACCAAGCUGGAGCAGGAGGAGGAGGUUUGUAACGAGACCAUGAAGACUCUGUGGGAGGAGUGCAAGCCCUGUCUGAAGAACACCUGCGUCAAAUAUUACUCCAGGACCUGCAGCAGUGGGUCGGGGCUGGUGGGACGUCAGCUGGAGGAUGUGCUGAACAGGACGUCUCCCUUCUCCAUCUGGAUCAACGGGGAGAACAUCAACGUCCUGGAGCAGGAGGACCGGCGCCAGAACAAGGAGUUCAAGAACCUGGAGGAGAAAUACACCGUGAUGGCCGACGGCGUGGACAGCAUCUUUUCAGACAGCAUGAAGGUGGCCGACCACGUCCACCUCAACCCCCCAGUCUUCUUUCUCCCCAGUUUCUUGAGCCCGUUCACUCGUCACAGAAGAAGUGUCCGUUCUCUGUUCCGCGAUCCCUUCCAGGGCUUCCAGAGCCUGUUCUCCCCCAUGGUGGGGAUGGGCAAGAACUUCUUCGGAUCUAUGGACUCCAUGAUGGACAUGGACGCUGACACUGCUCCCAACGAAGACGGGAGUGUGAAAGAGGACGUGGUGAUCACUCAGCCGUUUGGCUCCGGCAGGAUGACCUGCAGAGAGAUUCGCCGAAACUCCGCCGGCUGCAUCAAGUUCCGAGACGAGUGUCAGAAGUGCAAAGACAUCCAGCACCUCGACUGCUCUGGGAGGAGGCCUCUGGAGGGCCCCCUGAAGGAGGACCUGGAGGAGGCUCUGGCGAUGGCCGAGCGCUUCACUCAGCAGUACAACUCCCUGCUGAGGAGGUUCGAGGAGCAGAUGGUCAACACCUCCUCCAUCCUGGACCUGUUCAACCGGCAGUUCGGCUGGGUGUCGUCUCUGGCCAACAACACCGAGAGCCAGGACGGCAUCUUCCACGUUCAGACGGUGGUCGACAGGGACUCUGAGGAGAAGAAGCAGAGAGAAACCGACGUGUCCCUGCAGCUGUUCGAUUCCCCCACCAUGAACAUCAGCGUGUCGGGCGACAUCCCCUGGACCGACCCCAAGUUCUCCGAGGUGGUGGCUCAGGAGGCGCUGGACCGCUACAAGGGAGCCGCAGUUUUGGUGAAAUAAUCCCUUCGCUCUGUACUUUCUGCUGACGAGAGAAUGUUCUGCAGAAAAAAGCCCCACCCCCCACCCCAACUGAU